AUGGAUCCAUGGGCCGAAGCCAACCCACAAGACCGAUACUGCUUCGUAUGCGGUCAUGUCAACAGAGACAGAGAACGCCUUUUAAUGCACAAAGCAUGCGUCGAUGCCGGAAUACAAGUGCAAACCGGAUUUUGCUACCGUUGCGGCAAUUCUUCCAUGUCUGCAAUCGAUCUUUUCUGUCCUGAUUGUGGACCGGAUUGUCUGCCAAUUAACGAAACAGUAAUAUGGCAGGAGACCCAUGCACCACCUCUAGAGCCGACGCAACUGGCUUGUGUAUCAAAUGCCACAGGAACCAUUUUGAACGAGGAGGACGAGGACGAACUUGCGAGGAGUGUAAGGAAAGCGCGCGCCAACGCAGGGCCGGGGGAGCAUUGGUAG